AACGUCACUGUCAUUAUUACAACUUCGGAGAUAUAUUUAUAAUGUUUUUAUGUAGAUUUUUGUUGAAUACACGAACGGCCCGCCAAAUUAGUGUAUUAUUAUAUGUAGUUAAAAACACAAGGAUAAAUCUUGAAGCGAUACUGGCUCAAUGUCGGAAUUUCCAUGAGGUUACAGGAAACAUCAUCGUACCGAACUUGGUGAGAGGUAUAGAUCACCUAAAAGAUCCUCGUAUGAAUAAGGGUCUCGCGUUCACAUUAGAAGAGCGCCAGGCCUUAGGACUUCAAGGUUUAUUGGCGUCGAAUUUUAAAACCCAAGAACAACAGAUUGAUAUAGCAAGAAUAUCAGUGGACAGAUACAAAAGUGAUUUAAAUAAAUAUUUGUAUUUAGUGGAACUGCAGGACAUAAAUGAAAGGUUAUUCUUUAGCUUACUGGCUCAAAACAUCGAGAAAUAUUUACCUAUAGUGUACACCCCGACUGUAGGUUUGGCAUGUCAGAAGUUUGGGCUUAUAUACAGAAGAGCAAGAGGUUUAUUUAUCAGUAUUAAUGACAAAGGACAUGUAUAUGAUAUAAUCAGAAAUUGGCCCGAACACGAUGUUAGAGCGAUAGUGUUCACUGAUGGCGAGCGUAUUUUGGGUUUAGGCGAUCUGGGCGCUUAUGGUAUGGGCAUACCAGUAGGCAAGCUUGCAUUGUAUACUGCACUCGCUGGGAUAAAACCACACCAGUGUCUACCCAUUAUGCUGGACGUUGGUACUGACAACGAGACUUUGUUAGAAGAUCCUCUUUAUAUUGGUGUACGGCAGAAGAGAGUUCGGGGUGAGAAGUACGAUGAGUUCUUGGACGAAUUUAUGAAGGCAUGUGUCACAAGAUAUGGACCAAAUACACUUCUGCAAUUUGAAGAUUUCGCUCUCCCGAAUGCUGGGCGAUUUUUAAAGAAAUAUCAAGAAAAAUACUGCACAUUCAAUGACGAUAUUCAGGGCACAGCCAGUGUAGUGGUCGCCGGACUAUUGGCGGCAACAAGAAUUACUAAGAAGAAAUUAUCAGAGAAUAAAUACUUGUAUCUCGGUGCUGGAUCUGCGGCGAAUGGAAUUGCUGACUUGACAGUAUUAGCAAUGAUGGACGAAGGAAUGUCACAACAAGAAGCUCGAGACCGGAUAUUUAUGUUUGAUAUAGAUGGACUCUUGACCACUCGUCGUCCUCAAGGCGUCCCGGCGCACGCUGUGAAUUUCGGCAAGGAUAUGGAACCGGAGAAGAGCUUCGAAACAUGUGUGGACAUUUUGAAGCCAACAUGUAUAAUAGGUUGUUCAACUAUAGGUGGUGCAUUCACGCCAUCUAUAUUGAAGUUGAUGGGCAAACAUAAUGAGAGACCAAUUAUUUUUGCUCUUUCAAAUCCAACGAACAAAGCAGAAUGUACCGCACAAGCCGCCUAUGACAAUACAGAGGGGCGCUGUAUUUUUUCAUCUGGCUCUCCGUUUCCACCAGUGACGUACGACGGGAAAGAAUAUCAUACAGGGCAAGGAAAUAACUCGUACAUAUUUCCUGGAGUAGCGCUUGGGGUCAUUGCAACGUCAGCACAUCAUAUACCCGAUUAUAUAUUUUUGACGGCUGCAAAGACGUUGGCGAAAUCUGUUCAUGAAAGUGAUUUAAAUAUUGGUCGUUUGUAUCCUCCUUUGAAACAAAUUAAGGAAGUGUCAUUAACUAUAGCUGUGGAAGUUGCUAAAAUGACUUAUAAGAAAGAUUUAGCAACUGUCUACCCUAAACCAAAGGAUAUCAAAGCGUACUUAAAAUCACAUCUAUACCAAUUGAAAUACCCAGAUUAUCUGCCGAGCUUUUAUAAAUAUCCAGAUAUGCCUAAAGUGAAAGUAAAAUCAUUUGAAGAAGCCUACAAUGGAAUUAUGUUGGAGUACGGACGUACACCGUCCCCUUGGGAGACACAAAUGAUGGAUGACUUUAUAAUAUAA